AUGGGCAAGCCCUGUCCACCAGCGUUGACGGCGCCCACUCCACCCGCGCGGCGAUGGCGGCCGAUCGCGCUCGCGUGCGCGAGCCUGUGGCUGCUCACCCACCUGCACCUCGUCGCCUGCCAGACUGCCACCGCCGGCGGCAGUAGCAGUGGCGGCGGCGGCGGCGGCGCAACGCUGAACUACACGGACGCGCUGGUGAAGUCGAUCCUCUUCUUCGACGCGCAGCGGUCGGGUCGCAUCAGCGGAGCCGGCGCGCGCAUGCCCACGAGCGUCGCAUGGCGCAACAACUCGGGCCUCGGCGACGGCGCGGCGCAGAUGGUGGAUCUGGAGGGUGGGUACUACGAGGGCGGCAGCAACGUCAAGUACGGGCUGCCCGCCGCCUUCGCCACCACCUUGCUCGCCUGGAGCCUCAUCGACUUCCGCCGCCACCUCGAGGCGGCCGGCGGAGCCGCGCAGCUGACGGCGGCGCGCAACGCGCUGCGGUGGUCGACGGACUACCUGGUGAAGGCGCACACGGGGAUGAACGAGCUGUGGGCGCAGGUGGGCGACCCGGUGGCGGAGAGCGCGUGCUGGCAGCGGCCGGAGGACAUGAGCACGGCGCGCACGGCGUACCGCGUCAACGCCUCGCACCCAGGAUCAGACCUCGCCGCGGAAACCGCCGCCGCCCUCGCUGCGGCGUCGCUGGCGCUGAGGCCCGUGGACGGCAGCUACGCCAGCACGCUGCUGGGCCACGCGGAACAGCUGUUCGUGUUCGCGGACACGUACCGCGGCAGCUACAGCGAUGCGGUGCCGCAGGCGAGGCGCUUCUCCACGAGCGGCGAGGGCAGCAGCUACCAGGACGAGCUGGCGUGGGCGGCGGUGUGGCUGCACCGCGCCACGGGGUACGCCGUGUACGUCGACUACCUCGUCGCCAACGACGCGUGGAUACGCGGCUCGGAGCAGCUGCAGCUGGAGAUGAGCUGGCAGCACAAGCUGCCCGGCGUGCAAAUGAUGCUGCAAGGCGUGCCCGCGGCGCUCUUGACCAGCGUGGCGGCCAUGGCGGUGCUGGAGGGGUACCGCGGCAUGGCGGACCUCUUCGUGUGCGCGCACAUGCCCGCCAACCCCCUGCGCGCCGUCUACACCACGCCUGGCGGGCUGCUGCACGUGCGUGCCAGCAACGCGCAGCUCGCGCUCGGCGCUGCGUUCCUGCUGGCGCUGCACUCGGACUCGCUCGCGGGCAGCGCGCAGGUCGUGCAGUGCGAGGGAGUCACGUUCGCGCCGCCCGCCAUCCUGGCCUUCGCCCAGUCGCAGGUGGACUACCUGCUGGGGAGCAACCCCCUGGGCCUCUCCUUCAUGGUGGGCUUCGGCUCCUCCUUCCCCCUGCGCGUGCACCACCGCGCUGCGUCCAUCGUGUCAUUCAACGUGAACAGCACGCAGGUCACGUGUGAGGGCGGCGUGGCGGACUGGCUCAACCGCGACGCCUCCAACCCCAACGUGCUCGUGGGCGCCAUCGUGGGCGGGCCCGAUGCCAGCGAUGCGUUCCAGGACUCGCGGGUGCUGCCAUCCUUCACAGAGCCAUCAGCAUGCGCCAACGCACCUGCCGUUGGCCUCCUCGCCAGGCUCGCUGCUGGCACCCUGCCCCCCGCUCCCCCUCCACCUCCCUUCCCCCCUGCACCUCCCUCCCCCCCUCCACGCCCACCCGCCUCCCCGCCUCCGCUCUGUUCCGCGUCCUCCUUCUUCUGCCCAUCGCCGCCUCCUCCUCACACGUCCCCAGCGGGCCCCACUGUGGACCCAGCAGCGCUAGUGACGGUGGCGUGUGAGGUGACGGGCGGGUGGCAGCAGUACGGCGAGCAGCAGAGCCGGUGGUCGUGCGUGGUGGCCAACACGGGCAGCGCCUUCCCCGUGCGCGAUUUCCGCCUGCGCUGCCAUGACUUUGAGCCGUCACAGGCGUGGAACAUGGACGCGCUCUCCUGCCAGCUGCCCUGGUGGGCCACGCACCUCGCCCCCAACGACUCCAUCUCCUUUGGCUUCGUGCAGUCCGCUGCUGUUGUGCCCUCCUUCACUGUCGAAUCUCUUGUCUCACUCGCCCCGCCUCCCCCACCCUUUCCUCCUCCCUCCCCUCCCCUCCCUCCCAACCCGCCCCCCAGACCCCCUCCCAGUCCUCCCCCCAGACCUCCUCCCAAUCCGCCCCCUAAACCCCCUCCCAGUCCUCCCCCCAAACCUCCCCCCAAUUCUCCUGCCAGGCCUCCUCCUAAUCCUCCCCCUCGACCUCCCCCUAAUCCACCUCCCUCACCCCCGCCCCGUCCCCCAUCCCCACCACCUGUGCCCCCGCCUAGCCCCCCAUCACCUCCCCGUCAACCCCCCUCUCCCCCCCCUCAGCCCCCACCCUCUCCGCCUCAGCCCUCUUCCCCUCCCCCUAAAUCGCCAGCCCCUCCCCCUAAGCCCCCAUCCCCUCCCCCUAGGCCUCCAUCUCCUCCUCCUCGCCCCCCCAGCCCUCCCCCCAAGCUAUCCCCUCCUCCAAAGCCCCUGCCGUCACCCCCGAAGCCCCCUUCCCCACCCCUGCAGCCACCGCCCCCACGAGCAGCAAAGCCACCGCCCUCCCCUCCUCCUCGGCCCCCACCCAGUCCGCCUAAGCCUCCCCCAAGGCCUCCUCGCCCCCCUCCUAAACCCCCUCGCCCCCCUCCUAAACCCCCUCGCCCCCCACCUUCCCCACCCCCACCACCCCCAAAGCUGUCAAGCGCGCAAGGGGGAGGCAGCCCCAAAGCACCAAAAUCCGGUGGGGAGAAGGUGAAGCCACCUCCGAAAAAAGGCAAGAGGAAGAGCCCCCCACCCCCGCACAGCACUGGCAGCAAGCACCCGCCCCCGCCAAAAAGCAGCAAGCCUAAGGAGAGCCCUCCCCCAGGUGGUUCCAAGAAGGAUGGAGCAAAGAGGAGGCGCCCGCCCCCUCCCCCUCCUCUCAAGAGUACUAGAAUGAAGCGGAAGCUUCCACCUCCACCACCAUCUACUGUGAAAAAGUCCACUCGAUAA